AUGAUUUCCCGCCGUCUAUUUGCGUGGUCCGCCACGGAUGUCACACGGCGCACCGGUGCGUUCGGUAGCGCCGCGCUGCAGCGGCGUCACGCCGCGACUCACGAACGCAACGUGGUUCAGUCCCCGUUCGGCAAGGUGGACAUUCCGCGCAAAAGUGUGACCGAGUACAUCUUCGAGGGGUACGAAAAGUACGCAAACCAGCCGGCCAUUACAUGUGGUGCCUCCAAGCGGUCGUACACCUUUGGCGUGACCUACGAGAUGGUAAAACGGAUGGCCUGCGGCCUGCUGUCGCAGAAGGGAUGCGCCAUGCGCAAACACGACGUCCUCGGGCUGCUACUGCCCAACAUUCCCGAGUUCGUGCCGGCACUGCACGGUGGCCUAAUGGCUGGAUUGACCGUAACCUUCGCCAAUCCGCUCUACACACCGGAGGAAGUGUGUCGACAGUUUGAAAAUGCCGGAGUAACGGUCAUCGUCACGCUGCCGAUGCUGCUACCCGUAGCGGAGCUGUUUAAAACGAAAGUGAAGCAGUACAAGGGUACGAUCUGCGUCGGAGGAAAGCACGACUUUGAGAAAAACAUCUACGGAUUCGAGCAAUUCUUGAUGGAAAACCACACCAGCGAACUGCCCAAGAUCGACUGUGAUCAAACGGCCAUCCUGCCGUACUCGUCCGGGACGACGGGCCUACCGAAGGGAGUCGAGCUGACCCAUUACAAUCUUGUGGCCAACUUGGCCCAAGGCUCGCACCCAACGAUUUCCAAAUACUAUCAACCGGAAUACGGUGAGUCCCGGUAA